AUGGCGCCAGUUCACGUCGUCCUCGUCUCCGGCUGCCCAGUUGGCCUGCCUCCAGCCUGGCCGGCCGGCCCCAUCUGGCCGUUGUUCCUCCUCUUUUCCACCAUCUCAUACGUUCACUCCGGCCGACUUGACCCAUCCUCUCCGCCGCUCCUCCUGCCUCUUCAUCCCACCUCAGCUCGAGUCCCGUCGAGGCCCGAAAUCCCAUCUCGUCCCGACGUUGCUCCCUCCGACAGCAAGACCCCACCGGACGAUGACCCCUCGGACAUGCUGCGUCUACGUCGCACCCUCGUCCACGGCGGUGUCGUCGAGGGUUUCCAGCAUCCCCUCGAGCCUACUCAAGCCGAUCGAGGCGCCAGCGUGCUCGCCUUCCUCGGUAUCCCCUACGCCCUACCUCCGGUCGGACAACUACGCUUCGCCCCCCCCAUCGAACAUCCCGGUUGGGCAGGGGUUCGUUCGGCCGAUCGGCCACCGCCCACUUGUUGGCAGAGUCUACCGGUCGACGGUUUCGAUACCAUCAACCGAGGCGCCCUCAUGUGGCUGAACAACACAGAAAUGAACGAAGACUGCCUCUUCCUC